AGCUUUGACUCUGUCGUCCUGUCCUUUGUGGCGCCUCGUCUCUCCCCUUCCUACUUCUUCUUGGGCUGCCUCUCGCCACUUUCUCCGCAGAGCUUGAAUAUCGUGCAACUCCUUUUUCCAGCUGACUUUUGCCGGCUUUGGGCUGCGUGUGCUUGGAUCGCUUUGAAUCGCAGCUUGGCUUGAAUACCGCUUCUCGCGUUCAAGAUACCCCGCCAGACAUCAGGAUGAGUUUCGCCAACAUGCUAAAUCGCCUUCAUGGGCAACCCGAGAGCUAUGAGAAAAAAUCAAAGUAUAAGUUCGGACGUACCCUCGGUGCUGGUACCUAUGGCGUCGUUCGUGAGGCAGACGGCCCUACUGGCAAGGUUGCCGUCAAGAUCAUCUUGAAGAAGAACGUCAAGGGCAACGAGCAGAUGGUCUACGACGAGCUUUCCAUGCUGCAGCGGCUGAAGCACCCUCAUAUUGUCAAAUUUGUCGAUUGGUUCGAGUCCAGAGACAAAUUCUACAUUGUCACUCAGUUGGCCACAGGAGGGGAGCUCUUCGACCGUAUCUGUGACAGGGGCAAGUUCACCGAGAAAGAUGCGUCGCAAACUAUCAAGCAGGUUCUUGACGCCGUUGACUACCUGCACAAGAACGAUGUCGUCCACAGAGAUCUUAAGCCGGAGAACCUUAUCUAUGUUACUCCUGAUGACGACUCCGAUCUCGUAUUGGCCGAUUUUGGUAUUGCCAAGACGUUAGACAGCAAGGACGAAACACUCAAGACUAUGGCUGGAUCGUUUGGUUAUGCGGCCCCCGAAGUGAUGGCCAAGAAAGGCCACGGAAAGCCCGUAGACAUGUGGUCUAUGGGCGUCAUUACCUACACCCUGCUCUGUGGCUACUCUCCCUUCCGAAGCGAGAACCUGCAGGAUCUUCUUGAUGAGUGCACAAGGGGCAGCGUUGUGUUCCACGAGAGAUACUGGAAGGAUGUCAGUGCUGAUGCAAAGGACUUUAUCAACCGCCUCCUUGUCCCUGAACCCGACCAGAGAUGGACCAGCGAGCAAGCUUUGGGCCACAUCUGGCUCAGCGGCCAAAACGCUACCGACCACAACUUGCUGCCAGAAAUCGAGGCCUUCCGCAGAAGGUCCCGCCUCCGCCGCGCCAUCGAAAUCGUCAAGCUUCAAAACAGAAUCAACAAGCUCAGGGAACACGAAGAGGACCCCGAGAACUCCGAAAUGGGAGACGUGCAAGGUGGCCAAGAAAAGGGAGACGGUGCUCGAUUGCACGCCCUGGGCCUCUUUGCGCUCAAGGACGUCAAGCAGAAACAGGAGACACUGCAGAUUGAGGAAGAGAUGGGAAAGGAGGCGAAGCGGCGUAGCUUUAGCGAGGCUUCUUAAAGUGUUCGCGACUCGAAAGAGAAGGACUGGUUUUAAGGACUUGUUUUUUGGGAUAUUCUUUUUUAGUCACUUGUUUUACAGAUUUUUUUUUUUUUUU